AAAAUUUUGCUUUGUCAGAAUUUCAUUUUUCGUUUUUCAGCUCCGGUUGUUGAUCUCUUGAUUUUCCAAACACGGAAGUCCCCACUUUUUAUAUUUCAGUUAUCUGUUUGCUCUACAGUUCUAUCUGCUCUUUUGUGCAACGCAGAUUAUUUAAUCAAUUAAGUGAUCAUCCUUUUGCAGUUUAACUCUCCGGAGCGCAAACAUGAGUAGAUUCGGAUCUCGCUUUGGGUCGUCGGACACCACAGCGACAGCGGAAGCCACUUCAGAACCGCGAUCCCGCUUCGGUGCCAGCAACGGCGCUGCCGAAGCGGAUCCACCCAAAGAAUCGCGUUUUGGCGGUUCCGGCGGCAAUCCUCCUCCCACUCGGUCCCGCUUCGGCCGUAGCAGUGAUCAGCCCAGUGGAGAAGAAAGCCAAGAAUCGAAAAUCGGUGGUGAUCGUUCCGGAGACGAUACGGGCUCCCGGCGUUCGCGAUUCGGCGGCGGCGGUGGUAGUUCGCAGGAUCAGAAUAGAGCGGAAGAGCGGAAACCGUCGCGUUUUGGCCAGACGGAUACGGGAGCGGGCGGGAAUAAUUCCAGCAGCGAAGGCCGACGGGGUGGCAGCCGAUUUGGCGGCGGUGGCGAUGCGGAUGACAAUCGAUCAGAUCAGCCGCGCAGCCGUUUUGGCAAUCGGGACGACGGUAAUCGGGGCGGGGGAUCUCGUUUCGAAAGAAAUUCAGAGGACCGCGGCGAUCGCCAGCAGAAUCGGGGAGACCGCGAGCAGGGUGGUUUCCGUGGCAACCGUGAUGAGGAUCGGAGUGAUUUCCGUUCGGGCCACAACGAGCAUGACGACCGUAGCGAGCGACCGCCCCGGGGAGGAGAUGGCGACCGUGGGGAGCGACCAGCACGCGGAGGAGAAAGCGGGGAAGGGCAAGAAUCUCGCCCUGCACCAGUGAACUACGUUCCUCCAGAACGGCCAACGGAGCGUGAUGAUCUUCGGAAGGAACACACCACAGCUGGCAUCAAUUUCAAAAAGUACGGAAAUGUUCCUAUUAACGUUUCCGGCAACAUGCUGGAGAAGCCGGUGGACAGCUUCAAACAGUCAGGCUUACAUCCGACCGUACUGGAAGCAGUGGAGUACAUGAAAUACGAGAUUCCCACGCCGAUCCAAAAAUACUGCAUUCCUGCCAUUCUGUCCGGUCAGGAUAUAAUGGCCUGCGCCCAGACAGGAUCAGGGAAAACAGCCGGCUACUUGCUGCCGAUCAUUUCGCGCAUGCUCAAGGACAACGUCCAGCCGGCUGAGCCAACAGGAAAAAGCUAUCCACAGUGCUUGGUUCUGUGCCCCACGCGUGAACUGGCCUCCCAGGUGGACAAGGAAGCGGCAAUCUACACGCACGGGACCGGGCUGAAGUCUUUCGCGGUUUACGGCCAAACCGAUGUGCGUUACAUGGCCAACCAUCUGCGGACGGGAGUCAACAUCAUUGCGGCCACCACCGGACGCCUGAAAGACACGCUGGAGAGGGGAAUGAUCAAUUUGAGCAACCUCCAGUAUUUGGUGUUGGACGAAGCGGAUCGCAUGCUGGAUAUGGGCUUCAGUCAGGACAUCGAACGCAUCGUGGAGAACGCUAAUAUGCCCAAGAAGGAAAAUCGUCUGACCCUGAUGUUUUCCGCGACUUUUCCUGAAGUGGUUCAGACGCUGGCCCGGAACUUUUUACGUAAAGACUAUCUGUUCAUCGCCACCGGUAUCCUUGGCGGCGCGUGCUGCGAUGUGGAACAGGAGAUUAUUAAAUGUGAUGGAAGGUCCGAAAAAAGAGAGAAACUGGAUGAAAUUCUGGAGAAACGAAAGGAGCUGAACAAUGGCCAGUAUGAGAAGACACUUAUUUUCGUUCAAACAAAAGAAGAGACCGAUAAACUGGGCCUCGAGCUUGCUUGCAACAAUAUUUCCAGCACCACCAUACACGGAGGUCGCACUCAAGAACAACGCGAAAUAGCCUUGGCUGAUUUUAAGUCCGGCCGAAAGGCGGUACUGGUGGCCACUAACGUUGCUGCCCGUGGUCUUGAUAUUCCGGACGUAAAGCAUGUAAUUAACUGGGAUUUGCCGCGCAGUGCGGACGAUAUGGACGAAUACGUUCACCGUAUUGGACGAACUGGCCGCGUCGGCAACCAGGGUAUGGCUACCACUUUCUACACGUCUCGGGAUGUCAACAUUGCUCCGCGGCUGAUCGACAUCCUCCACGGCUCGGGAGCACGUGGUCCUGAUUGGUUGUAUGAUGAAGCGGGAAUGACACCCCCGGCACCGACGGGAGAGCGGCCAACAGCGACAAAAAGUUUUGGCGCCCAGGAUAAUCGUCGCUUCCCUGCAGAUGAUAAGUCAGAGGAGUCUGGUCCUUGCCGAUGGGAAACGUCUGAUAAGGAGCAGCCAGCGUCGCAGCCACAACGAAGACGUUUCGGCGAUUCUGGUGCCGCAAAUCGUGACCAGGAAGGCGAGGGAAAUCGCUCACAGUCCCGCAGCGAUGCUGGUCGCAACGAUCAAAAGGAAGAGGCGCCUGGCUCAGCGGCAAGCUCAACUACUCGUACACGCUUUGGCUCAAAUCGAGGCAGCGAAAGUAAAGAUGAUAACGCAUCUGCUGGUGGAAGUGGCGAAUCGAGAAGCCGCUUUGGAAGCCGCUUCUAAUUGCAAACGCUGCCGAUUUGUGGAUGAUAAUCAACAGGCACUUCAUUAGCGUUUCGGAUUUACCGGAAUUUAUAUCGCCUUUAAUGGAUGAAUCGCUCAUCGACGUCGCGUUUUCAUUGUAUGGGUUAGUUGGCAGUUGUGGUAAAAUCAGCUUUUGACACAGUUUGUCGAUCGCAUUAUUAUGAUCCUGGACUUCUGUUUCCUUUUUUUUGCUGCUAAAACUUGGUUCUUUUUUUUGUUAUUAUAUGCCCAGAUUGUUUGUGGAUUCUGAAUUCUGUGUUGCACUCCCUCUUUACAGUGUUUCUGCUGAUAUCGGAUUUUGCAUUUCACCUGUAAAAACAAAUGUUACGAGAGAAGUGUUGUUUCCAAGCAAUGGUAUUAAAAUUAUUCUCAUUGA